AACCCAUAUUGGAUUUCGGACAACAUGGCUUCAGUGCAAGUGGAGUUACCUGAGGAUUCCCAUCCUGGAGAAGAAGAAGCAGCUGCAGAGGAAAACACAACUACUCUUUUGUCACCAGAUGCCCUCAUCAAACAUCCCCUACAAAACAAGUGGGCCCUUUGGUUCUUCAAAAAUGACCGCACAAAAGAAUGGACAGCAAAUUUGAAACUUGUCACCUCCUUCGACACAGUAGAAGAUUUUUGGGCAUUAUAUAACCAUGUGCAGAAAGCUAGCAAGCUGCCAUCAGGCUGUGAUUACUCUUUAUUCAAAGAUGGUAUUCAGCCAAUGUGGGAAGAUGGUCAAAACAAAGAUGGAGGUCGAUGGUUAAUAAAUCUCAACAAACAACAGAGACAUACAGAUCUGGACAAUUUUUGGUUAGAAACGCUACUGUGUCUAAUAGGCGAGUCAUUUGAGGAGUUUAGCGAUGAUGUCAACGGUGCAGUGGUGAAUGUACGAAACAAGGGAGACAAACUCAGUUUGUGGACGAGAGACGCUACACGGCCAGACGCAAUCAUGAAAAUAGGAAAAAAAUUAAAGGACAGUCUAAAAAUACCCAUCAAAAUUGCAAUAGGUUUCCAGGCACAUACAGACACCAUGACAAAAACAGGAUCCACGGCCCGGGACCGGUUUAGAGUAUAACAGUAGGACCUUAGUCACAGAAUGAUUGGCCUGUUUGUUUGUGUGUGUGCCUGUUGCGAGUAAGUGAGAGAGCAAAACUAUUACAUUGGAUCGCAAGUGACAGCGGGAUAAGAAAUGGAUGUGAAAUAUGGAUCCUGUCUGUCGGUACAAGCCAACCAAACAGACAACAGACUCAGAUGGAAGGAAUUCUGUCUACAUUUUGAGAAGGUUUGCCUCCAUCAAGUCAUGUCCACAUAUCCAGGUCUGUUUGGUACAAGUCUGUAUUAUGUAGAACAUUUCUGUCUUGUCUGGUCUCUGAUAGUGAUGUCUUCAAGAAAUGGUAAUCUUGCUUUAAAAGCCUUAAGAUUCCAUCUAGUGGGAGACCCAGUCGGGACAUUUGAUGAAAGAUGUUUUAUGUUUUAGUCUAGAAUCCAUUUGCCAGCAGUCGUAAUAUGUAGUUGAGCAAGUUGGCAUGUGGCGACUAGGAACAAAAUCCCAGUUGUCUGACGGUCAGUGUAAAAAAUGUUUGUUUUGUGUGGUUAUUGAUUGAAAAUGGUAAGUACCCAGGUUUGACAAAGACAUGUUUUGGAAGUUCAGUUGUUUGUAACCUGUAGCAUUUCAUGAUAUAUUUUGUGUGAAUCAAAUUUCUUACUGUUGAUGCAUUUGACACACAUUGACCUCAAUGUUCAAAGCCAAAUGUAAUUCAUUACUUUGAUAAAAAGUUUUAUUGGAAUGUUUAUAAAUUCUUGUCAAUAAAGAACUUGUAGUGAUCAUAUUUGAAUAUAGAAAAAUUUGAUCUCAUGCUUGUAUAAGAUAGAUUUCAUCAUAAGGAGAAACAUUAUGAAUUGGUUUUGAACUCUGAACAUGUCUUCGUCGAAGUUGAAGACUUCACCUUGUAGUAUGAGUUGGUAAAAAUGUCAUUUCAAAUUGUGUGCUGUUUUAGCUACCCAGCCCACUGUAAUGAAAAUCUAGAAUCCAAUUCCAAGUUUUCUAACACCACAAUUUACAAGUAGCUAUCACCAUACAUAUGACGGCUUUUGUGCAGUUACAGGAAUUGUUGCCAGCUUUUUCAAUAUUUGUAGAUAUGACCGGAAGUUCAGCUUCAUAAAAGAAUUUUUUGUUAGAUAGAUUGCGUAUUAAUUUAAACAAGACUCUGUUGAAUUCUCCCGAAAAGGUUUUUAUUUCAUUUACACUGGUAUCCGACAGUGUUCAUAGUUAUACAAAAACGGAUUAGACAGAUCCAGGUUUUGAAUAAUUCCAUGAGAAAUCUGUCUUACCUGUUCUUGUAAAAGGAAUUAUGAUGUAAAUAUAUAUUUGUUCAACAGAUGCAUUUUUGUGUGUGUGUAUGUGAAGCUCAUUGUUUCUUUGCUCGUGAGAAUUAAUCAGAAAAAAAACUUGAUAUCACCAUGUACUGUAUAGCCGGUCAUUUUCACUGUCAAAGUUUUCGCAAUUUUCUUUCACAACAAAUGGAUUGUUAACAGGAAAUUAAAAUUAAGCAUUCUAGAUGUAAAAGGACAUCUAAUACAUCUGAGUAUUUCAUGGAUGAAAUGUUCUUGAUCAUAUAUACUGCAAAAAAGCGAAAGUAUGUCCAUGCGAAUAUAACCAGCUAUAUAGUAUGUUUCAUUGGAAGGCAUUAAUACAGUUAUUUAUUCAUUUGCCUUUUGUUGUCCCCGCCAUUAAAUUUCAUAUGCACAUUUCAGUUUGACAGAGGAAGGACUUUUAAGAUAAUUAAUUACUGGAAGAGAUUAUUCAAAACAUAAUUCUAUUUCCAUUAACCUUUGAUGAUCCUUAGGAAUAAACUUUGAGGGAAAAAGUUAUUUCUUUUUUACCUAACUUUCUGCUGUACUUUUAGUUUUAGAAAGUUAUGUAUAAUUUAGAAACUAUGGCUAGUCCUUCAGGUCAAAGGUUUUAAGUACCUUACUUAUGUUGCAUGAUGAAUCUUUAACCAGUACAGUUAAGUCCAGUAAAAACAAUCCAGAAAUAGGGAUUAGAAAGGUACAUGGAUACAGAUUCAGUUUGAAACAUUGUUAAUAUUCUCAGAAUGCCUCUCAUAAUAUUAUUGCUUGGGUAAGAUUUCCAAGUACAGACAAGCAGUUUCAUAACUAACUAAUGUUGUCUGGGAAAUAUUGAUGUAUGAUGCCAUCUGUCAGGGGAGGCAAUCAUGGUCAAACAGUAUCAUGUAAAAGGUUGAGAAAAGAAAGACAAAAGUUGGACUACAUGUACAGACAGUUACUAUUAUAAUUCAAACAAGGUACACCUUCUCACCACAGUUGAUUGUCAAGGUAUAAAAUUUUGUGAUGUGUGGCACUUAAGUAUUAAACAAUAUAUCAGUAUAAGUGUUGUUACCUGUUUUUAGCUUCAUGUUGGGUCCUGAAAGAUUUUGAUCAUUAUUAAUUGAAAUACAUGCUUACAAUCCUCUCAAGUGAAGACAGUGCUAUGGACAUCUUGUUGAUAUGAUUCUUGUUCUGUGCCCUGGAAAGGCUUGGUGUUACAUUCUGUAAUUGGUAUGUUGUUCAUUACAUCCAAAAGAAAACACAAUUUUUCUGGAAAGAAGUAACCUGUGAUUGACUUCAAAUACAUUUAUUGCAUUAUUUCAUGGAACAGUUUGACUUGUAGCUCCAACAUUUGUUUUACUUGUAAUGUUUCAUUUGACAUGUUCAACAAACAAACAUGUUGUGAUACCAAUCUUUGGGCUAUUCUGGUAAAACUUUAUCCCUACAAAGUGAAUCACUUCUAUCUCUGGUUUCUUGUCUGUUACUUCUAAACAAGUUACCAAUUCUAAAGGUGAUACUGCUAUAAAAACCAAGUCCGGGGAUGGAACAGAUGUUUUACUGGAAUAGCCUUUUAUGAUAUUUGAAACAUUUUCUUCAAAAUUUUUCACUUUAAAGAAGAGAUAUUUCACAGACGUAAAAAAUCUGCCAGGUUUUGAUACCCUUGGUAUCAUGUGAAUAUUUUCAGUAGUAUUCUGGUAGCAUUGUUAAAAGAACCCAGCAGUGGUUAUGUUACAAUUUCAUGAACAGACCACACUGUAUAUAGAAUGUUACUGGUCUCUAUAGAAUGUAUGUUUGAGACCUAUAGAUGUGUAAGACUUUGAUAUCAUUGCUGCAUAGAGGAUGAUUAAUAUGUUGUUUAAUCUAGUGCUAGUACUUUGUAUGUCAAAUGUUUCAUGUUUUCUGUUGUUGCCUAUCUAUCGCAAUUUGUCAUUCUAGUGAAAUAGCUUCUUAGAAAUUACCUGUGGUCGUCAAGUGCAUUCUUGGUUGUUUCCAAAUUUGAUAAAAAAAAUUUCAGUCAACUUCAACAAAACAGUCAUGAAAAAGCCAUAUUUGCAAGAAUCUCCAUGGAGACAGAGGAAUUUAUCAUUUCUGACAUAUAUCUUUUGCAUCAGCUGUGGAUAGAUUACCAAGCUCACUUAAAUUUUAGAAAACAAAAACAUUCAACUGUCCAUUCUGAUCUAUCAGAGUUACUUCCCUUGGUUUAAUACUCCAUGUAAAGAAAGUUUAGCAUUUUAUUUUGUUUUUGUGAUCUGUAUUUUCUGGUUAUGCAACUUUUUUUUGGGGG